AUGAACACAUUGGAGGAGGAGAUACAUGAAGGGGACCAUGUGGUCAUGUAUAUGAACAAAAACAGUUUUAGUGUCAUUAAAGUUGCUGCAGGGAAGAUUUUCCAGAACAAAUUGGGGAACUUCCCCCAUAGCAAAUAUAUCAUAGGGAAACACUACGGAGACUCAAUUAACACUUCCGAGGGUUCGGUUUACUUUCUGAAAAACUGUCCGUCGUUAUAUACAACAGUCAUCACACAUCGAACACAAGUGUUGUAUCAAGAAACAAUAGCUCCCGUUUUAGCCUAUUUUGAUAUAACUCCGGACAGUAUCAUAGUCGAGUCUGGGACGGGGUCCGGCUGUUUGUCGGCUGCUUUUGCUUCACGUCUUCAGUUUGGGGAAGUCCGAGGAAAGGGGCACUUAUUCACAUUCGAAUUCCACGAGCAACGCAAAUUGAAAGCACAAGAAGACUUCAACGAAAUGGGGUUUAAAGACGUUAUCACUGUGGUCUUGCGUGAUGCUGUGAAAGAGGGCUUUGUUGUCGAAAACGAGUUAGCAUUUGGGGAUGCCGAUUGUGUCUUUUUGGACCUUCCAAACGUCGACCAAGCAAUUACAAACGCUUACAAUAUAUUAAGACCUGGUGGGAAGAUCUGUUGCUUCUGUCCAUGCAUCGAGCAAAUCCAAAGAUCUUGCGAGGAACUGAAACGAGACAACCGGUUCACUAAUUUACUCACAAAAGAAAAUGUUAUCCUGCCCUACAGUGUCAGAGGCUCUGAAAAAAAGAGAGAAGACGGGAUGCCAGAAGAGGUUUUAACACAGCGGACUGGAAUGGUUAAGGGACAUGUCGGAUAUGUCACCUUCGCAAUGAAGACAUUUUAA